UUCAAACCAUUCCCCCCUGUCCCGUCCCUGCAGUCCCUGAUAAAGAGCCCCUCCUUGGCUUUCAUGUAGUGUAGGCUCCCUUUAAGUACUGGAAGGCUGCUGUAAGGAAAGGAAAGGGUUUUCCAAGAGGGUGGAGUGACAUAAAGCAUGUGUUGUUCCUGGGUGUUUAUCUGGAAUAAAUUUGCUGUCUGUGAGCCCUGUUGGUAGCUGGAUUGCAGAUGCUCUCUGGUGGCUUCGUAUAUAGUGGAGUAUCUAAGGUAUUUCCCUCAUGUUUCCUAUUGAUGCAGUUUGGUGGGAGAGAAAGAAUAAUUUAUACCUCAGUUGUGACUGUGAUAGAGGAGAUGUAAUCACUACAAAGUGACUCAUUCAUUCUCCAGGGUUUACACCAGUUUCUCUGGGGUGAGGAAAGCGCCCCACUGCUGCAUUUCCUAUUGCUCAAGCAGCUAUGUAUCAUCAUUUCUCCUUGCUCCGAGGCAUGAUACGUGGGCCAUGGCUGGAGGUGGGAUUCCAGACCAUCCAGUCAAUAAUCUGAUCCCAGGCAGCUCCUCCAGGCUGAAGUUCAUAUUUGGCACAUCUGCUGUCUCAGCUUUGGAUCUGGUGGAUCAGCGUUCUGUCACCCGAGUCACAUCCCCCAGCGGAAGAAUUGCAUACCAGGUCCUUGGGAGCUCAGGGAAACUCUACACUUGCUACAGUUCCUGCCACUUCUGCACAUGUCCUGCUUUUGAUUUUACUGUGUUGCAGAAGAGUGAGAGCCUUCUGUGCAAACAUAUACUGGCUGUCUACCUCAGUCGGGCCGUGGGAGCCUGCCAGGAACUGUCUGUCUCUGAGGAGCAACUCACAAGCAUCUUACUGGCUGGAGAAGAGGAUGAAGGUUGAAGGAUUUGGAUCACAUAUGGAGGUGCUUUCUCCCAGUGGGAUAGCUGGCAUUUUUCCUGCCUACCAGGCUGUCAAGUGUUCAUCGUGGCUGGCAGGUUUCCUGUGCUGCAGCCAAAUGUGAUAUUAAUUAGCAGCCUCACACUGGUGGAUUAAUGAAUAAAUGUUAAGAAGCCUGUGUUGACUUCAGUUUCACUUAUUUAGGUUAUUCUUGGGACUGCUGAAGAUGUUUGAACUUAUCUGUAGUGUUUGAACUUAUCUGUAGUAUUGUGUGUUUGUGAUGUGGGGAUGCAAACAGUCUGGCAGGUCUCUUAGUGAUCCAUUAAACCUCGUUAACUCUGCUUGUACUUCGACUGAACCCCAUCAUCCCUCCAGUGCCCUCUGACAGAGUGACACUGCAGAGGCUCUUAGCAGCCGGCUGCUCAGGGCACUUUUCAG